UCCAAAAACAAAAAAUGGCCAAGCUCAUCUUCACCGUUGCCGUCCUCUUCCUCCUCUUCGCCUUCUCCCACGCCCGCACGCCGUCCGAUCUCCCCAACGGCCUCGAUGUCGCCGACGACAAGAUCCCCGUAACCGAUGCCGAUGUUAAAGAAGCCACCAACACUCUGCGAUUACCGAGCGAGAGACCCGAAUCCGGAACCGUUAUGGAUUUGGAGCCCGAGACCAUCAUCAUCGCCGCAGAGCAGCCCAAGUUUCCGGAAUCCGAGUUCUCCACCACGAUCUUGUCAAACGAUGAGAACACGAUCAGCUUCCGCCCCGUCGGCCGCCACUUCUCCCUGUCCUUCCGCCACGGCCACCGAUGCCGCCACAACCAGGGUAAGUGGACGCUGCGCUUCCACGGCGCCGAGCGCGAGAAGGACGACACCAACACUUCUUACGGCGAUGACAUGAUCCUGUCGUCUGGCGACGAGUUGAAGUUCGAUCACCAUCCCUUCGGCGGCGGAGUGCGCCAGAUCUCGGCCGGGUGGGGCAACAUCCGCCACGACGUACCUAGAUUCCCUUUCAAACACGAAGACGACGACAACAACGUGGAGUCCGAGAGGCCUCGCCGCCGUCACCGCCACCAUGAUCACGAGUUUGACAUGGAAAUGGUGGGAGAGGAGCAACACAGGGAGCACAAACAUGAGCACGGGCACAGUUUGUUCAAGAGCUUCCGCACGAGAAGAAGGUUACGAUGUCUCAAUUCAUUCCAGCUAAAGAAGAUUUUGAGGUCGGAUCCGAUUGAGACUGAGGAAGCUGUGUUGAGGUUGCCUCCAUUUUCGCUACUCCUAGGUCAUCGGGAAGCUUGACAUCAAUACCAGGGGUAAAAUGCUAUGACUUUUACUGCAGUUAUUGGUUUUACAAGUUGAAUGUUCAAUGCCUUCAAUGAGAUUAUGUGGCUCAAGAUUUGAUAUUUCUAAUGCAAUGUAAUUUUGAUUUGUGGGCAAUCUUUAGAGAGCAUUGAACUAGUUAUGUGUAAGUUGAUGAAAGUUGAAAUGAAGGUUUGAGUUUAUUCUGGAAUCAUGUGAAAACACAUAGUUUGCUCAAUUGUGAUCAGGGUUGAACUUCAACGAUGUAGCAGAAGGCGGUGAUCAUGGUUUGUGUGAAUCAAUUGAAAUCAUGUUACUAGGAUGCAUUGGAAGCAAAUGGACUUUUGUAAUCGAGCAUUUGGUGUCAGCUUCAUAAGAUUCCCACGCUAUUUUGGAGAAAUAUCAAGAAGUGUGCAUUUUACUCUAUGGAAGAUCUGCAAUUCCUACAUCUAAACAGGAAACAAUCAGAGAGGAAAAUGGCAUUCUUGAGUAUCUGACCGGGAUGCUAGAUGGUCAGGUGCAUCUGUUAUGAAAAAUAUGCCUAGCUCUUGGAGCCGUUGUAAUUCCAUCAUGGUAUUUCAACAUUAUCCCCUGUAAUGCCUAGAUAUGCUUUGGACUUUGAAUUAACCAUCUUCAUCUCAUAGGACCUGAAAUGAUUCUUUUGGUUCUGAAUGAUACUUCUUUGUUUAAUAUGCAUACAACAAGCAUCUUCCUUUAUUUCUCAUCGAGCACAUUAUUACUGUGUUGUAUACUAUAAAUUUGCCUUGAUUAUUCUAGUGCAUUAGUUUUAAGUAACUACAGUAGAUGCUUUUUUGAUUGUUUUGUAGAUUGAAUUCACCUGUGGCACGGUCUAAUCAGGCAUAAGCAUGUUGUUCUGCAGAUGAAGUUGAACCCCCAUUGGAGUAGUAUUACUAAAUUAGUUAUAUUUCAUGAUCAAUAUUCUCUAGAGUUAGUUUUGACAUGAUAUAGAAGGAUUGUACCUAAUGUAGAGUUUGCAAUUUAGUCCCUACGCAAGAUAGGGGAGCCAAAAGUAACAAAGAAAAAUCAAGCAAUGGGGACAUUUAUAUGUCCCCAAUUAGUGAAAUGUAUUUGUAUAAAUGUAUGGUAUUUGUACUCUAUUUUGUAGUAUGAGAAAUUAUGGGACCCACACUUAUAUUUGGGGACACUUAAAAUUAAUUGUUGCAUUUAGCAAUAGGAACACUAACAAAAGGCACAUUUUAACACAAAUGUCCCUAUAACUCAAAUGACACAAAUAUAUGUCCCUAUAGGUAGCAAAAGAGACAUUUGUUGUAGCAAAUGUCCCCUUAGGCCAUAUUUCUUGUAGUGAUUCCUCCAAAGACUAUUAGCUAAAUUAGAUUUGUCUGACUCAUUCCUGGCUUAACCGAAAGUCUCCCAGUAAGUCAUGCAGGGCUUGUAGUCUUUGUUUAGAUUAAUAGAUGGUUUUCAUAUUUUCUCUCAUUUUCUUCACUUCCUAAGUUCCUAUGCUGCUGUGCAAGACUCUUCUGUAGCAGACUGUCACUGCAAAACCCCUACAUAUGUAACAAUACUUCAUGUACUCGACUACUCUGGCCUCUAGAAGUUGUUGGUUACCACCUCAAACACGAGUAACAAGGUUCAUAUAUCUUCAUCGUGAGCUCUCUUUCUGUAUUUAAAAACACAGUUGGGACAUAGCUUUGCAUAAUUAUUUUGAGAAAUUCUUCAGUUUUGUUCAUGCAUCAUGGUUCUGAACUUCUGAUAUUGGAGAGCAAAUGUAGGAGAAUGAUAAACUUUAGUAUUACCUUAGGAAAGGGAAAAUACAAUAGUACG